ACUAUUUUAGUGCGAAGAAGGGGCCUGGCACAGCAGUCAUGCCAUAGUGCCGUGCUAUAGAACCCUAUUGUAUAAAUCGAAAUGACUACACACACGCUAUUUUGCUAUGGCGACAAAUACACAAAUGGCUGACUUUAUGUCGCUGAACGGUGGAAUAAUUUCAACCCACGAAAACUCGGAUUUUGCCAUAUUCGGAGUAAACACAGAACUCGCGGACGGCAGUUUGAGUGAUUCACAGCGCAGGCAAACAUGCACCAACAUACCAUUGUUGCCCGCAGCUCUUCAGCCUCGCCUUCAUCAAAAACGAUCGUCCGUUGUCAAGAGCAACAACAAUCUAAAUGAAACCAUGACCAAUACGAACACGGUGUCGUUACAAACGCUGACAGAUGGAAAAAUCCAAGCAUCUAGAUCGCAAACCACCAAGAGCCGUAAUCCCGAGAGAAUGAGUUUGGACAGGCGUGGUUUAAUGACCGUCCCGGUGAUCAUGGGCGAAGCUCGACUUCGGCUAUUAUCCAUGCAACAUAACUUACUCACGAAAUUAGAUGGUAUUGCUGGUGCCGGUUUGUCUAGACUGGUUUUCUUGGACGUUUACGGUAACCAGUUGGAGAGAAUCACAGGUCUAGAAAACUUGAACAAUCUACGUGUGCUUUUGCUGGGGAAAAAUCGAAUUAAACGUAUUGAAGGUUUAAAAACGUUACAUCGAUUGGAAGUACUCGACUUGCAUGGCAACCAAUUAACUCAAGUGGGCGGACUGCAAGGUCAAGGCGAGUUAAAAGUUUUGAAUUUGGCCGGAAAUCAGAUCAAAGUGUUGGGGUCGUUGGACCUCGCCGGGCUAAGAUCGUUGCGGGAACUCAAUCUUCGAAGAAAUCGUUUGAAAUGCCUUUUGGGGUUCUCGGAAACUCAACAACUGACGAAACUAUUUCUGAGCAACAACGAAAUAAACACUAUUGACGACAUGCCGAGUUUGGUGCAUUUAAACAAACUCCAAGAGUUAGCUAUCGACAACAACCCGGUGUCGGCAUUCGACGAAUGCGUGUCGUUCUUGGUGUCACAUCUCCCGCAGCUCCAGGCGCUUAACCGGCUUCAGGUGACCGAUCAGAUGAAACGUGCAGCUGUGAUCUGGAAGGAAACCCGAGAAAGUCUCAAAUGCGUUGCUGCGAAUUCUGCACAAGAACCGGGGAAAAAGGGUCGCGACAAUAUCAUAUACAACGCUAAAUCAAACUGGGAACAAAUGCGCUCUCAACACUGCGCGUACCCGAGUUUAGCGUCUUCACUAAAGGAUCUGAGAAGCUCAACAGAAACAGAAGACGGAACGAAGAGCGAUUCUGCGCUGUGUGAGAAACCGUCAGAGGGCAACGCGCAAGAGACUGCGGUGACCGCGGAACAGCGGAAAAAGAAAAUGUACUUCCUGUACAAGAACCGAACGUUCGUGGAGAAGAAACUGUGCCGGCGCCCGACAAAAGAGAAAAUCGAAACGGUGCCGGUGACCAGGUUACCGCCGAUACUGAACCAGUACCUGAACCAGAGCCCGACCACGAGAAGGAAAUCGGAGUUCAGGCACAACGACAGCAGCAGUCUGGACAUGUACCCGUCCGACCAAAGCGUGCAGAGCAAAAGGAGCGUUUCGAGUCUGUGCAACGUCGCGGACGCUUCCAGCAGCGACGAGAGCAGCAACGCCAGCAGUAGCAGCAACAGCAGCACCAGUGGCGGCGGCGAGUCGCCUUCCGCAGGAAAACCACUCAAAGAAUUUGCUGCGGUUAACAACAACAAAAAUAAUGGUCGGCCGAUAAAAAGCGCCAACCCCCGGAUGUCGGCUCCGAUAAUAAGCGAUCAGCAGGAGAACAGUUUUCGGCCGGCUACGUCCAGGCCGAAACCAAAAGGAAAUUCUUCCAACUCGAAAGACAAAAACAAAGAACAAGGUGGCGAUUAUUUGGUCGAAAUAACAGGAACGUUCUUGAACGUGUACGGCCAAGGCAGUUUACGGUACAUAGACAAGCCCUGGAAUCAGUCGAAAUCAGUCGACGUGACCACCAUUAAAUUUAAUUACGUUAAUUUCAAUUCACUUGUACCAGUUUUUUCCAAAAUCAAAAAUCGAUUCCCGAAUGCGGAAAACUAUUUUUUCCGUGAUACCAAUAUUUACUGCCUCGGUCAGUUGAACGCACUGGCCGAUUUACAAGGACUAGCUUCGUUAUAUAUACACGAGGACGGUAACCCGAUCACACGAAAAGAAUGGCAUUCUUAUGCGAUUUAUAGGUUAUCUCAUUGGGGAUUGAAAUUCGUCAACGAUAACGAGGUGGACGAAACUCAGAUAGCCAAAUCUUCGGAUACUUUUAAGGGAUUAAGUAAUUUGGUUUUAUGUUCACUGCCCGAAUCAUUGUUGACACCGUUGCUCAAUAAAUUACAGUUGGAUUAUAGCGCUGAGGAAAGUGCAUGUAAGUGGUUAAAGUCGUCGGACCCAGCUUUACGAAAUGUUGUGUGCAAAGAAGCACUGCAGUGGCGUAAAAAUGGAAACUCUCAGGAUGAAUGUAUUUGGAGACACAAAGGACUGGUUCAUUUCAAUUCAUUAAUCAACACUACGUGUCUAGCAAUGGCCAAACUACUUUUAUUGGAACAUGAAUGGCCUCAUGUACUCAAAGAACUCAUACAGAAUACAUUAGUCGAUUAUUCACAACUUGAAGAUUACAUGAAGAGGAAAUUAAACGAAUUACGCCCCCCUUAAAAUCUAUAGUGGCGGAAUUAAAUACAAUUAUGUCUUAUCUAUGUUUUGGCCAAACGGAUAUUUGUUAUCGAAACUAAGUGACUACUUAAUUAAAUAUAAUAUAAUUAUUUCUGUUUAUAAUUAUCAAAAUAAAUGUGAUAUGCAUCAGAAAAAAAUUAAUAAUGAUAAGAAAUUAAAAUAUUCCAUCUUUAACUAAUCACCGGAAAAAUACGAGUGUUUACAUCUGUCAAUAGUCUGUAUUCGACUUAUUAAAAGUUAACUGAACUUAUAAUCAAUAACCACACAUUAACCUCAUAUUAAUAUAUUAACGUAUAUUUAUA